AUGUCAGGCAUGGAGCCACUGGUGGCCUUGGGCCUGGUGUGCAACAUCCUGCAACUCAUUGAAGUCGGUCGCGACACAAUCGACCUCGCCAAGACUGUGUAUCAAGGUAAAUCACCGGACAAGGCACUCGAUGGGAAGGCAGCGGCCCUAGAGUCAAUAUCACAAGAGGUUAAAACGUGCAUGCGCCCUGCCAAAUGCUCGAAGCUCGAAGAGCAGCUGCUUGGCGCUGUCGACAAGUGCUUCUCCGCCGCACGAGAUCUGAGGGAAGAGAUUCGUUUCUUGGUCGGCAACGCGAAGCAGGGAACCCUUGCUUCUACUCUGAAGGUCGUGGCCAAGACGAACUGGCGUCGACGACGCUUGGAAAGGUUGCAGACAACCUUGGAUGGUACAGAGAAGUUGAUGCAGACUGGUCUACUUGCCCAGAUAUGGUCGAGCACACACGCAGCCGAGCUGAACCUAAGCAACGUCAAGAGAGACCUGCGUUCAUUCGUCGAGGAGUACCAGAGAGGAAAUCAUAAUACCGACCAGCUAGUUUCCAGAGAAGCUCUGAUUACGAGGGAACACACCUCCACUACAUCCAAAUUUACGAACACAGCUAUUCAAAACGCCCAGCAGACUUUAGACGGACUGGCUCUCAAGGCAGACAUUCAGAUGAAUGACGUCAAGCGCGAGCGUCUGCUCCAAAGUCUGAAAUACCCAGGAUUUAACGAGCGCCGAAAUCAAGUAACGGAAGCAUACAAGAACACUUUUGAGUGGGUCUUUGUGGGUGAUGGAGAUGAGUCCGAAUCCGACAGCAGUGAAUCUGAAGAAGUUAUUUCGGAUUCGGAUGAUGAAAGUUACAGCACAGGUGCUUCAUCAGAGGAGAUGCAGGCCGAUCUCACAAGCUUACCGGCGAUCAAGUGGGACAGCUUUUCGAACUGGCUACGUUCUACCGACAACAUGUAUUGGAUCAUUGGAAAGCCUGGCUCGGGGAAAACGACAUUCAUGAAAUACAUUAUGGGACACAAGAAAACGCGAGAAUAUCUCAGCAUCUGGUCCCCAGAGCCAUUGAUUAUCUCACACUACUUCUGGCGUCCAGGCACCGCUAUGCAGCAAAACAUCAAAGGCUUACUCUGCUCACUGCUAUACCAGCUGUUACAGAACAGCGAUGCGGCCCUUCAACAUGUGUUCUCGCAUGUCCCUGGGUCAGAAACCAAGGAUGCAGAUACAGACUGGUCUCGUUCUGAACUCGGCUCUAUUAUAAUGCGAGUCAUCAAGUCUUAUCACCGUCCAAUGUGUAUUUUUCUUGACGGGCUCGAUGAACUGGAUCCCCAGGAUGGGCCUGCACAGUUGAUUGACUUGGUUGAGCAAAUAUCCGAGAGCAGGAACACAAAAACCUGCGUCGCUAGCCGACCGGAGCCCCUGCUAAAAAGACGGCUGGCUGCUCAUCCCCAGCUUCGGCUCCAGGAUCUCACUCAUAACGAUCUGACACAGUAUGCCAAAGAUCAUAUUCAGUUUCCAGCGGACUUUGUUGAUAACAAGCAGGAAGACGACGGGUCCCUAGACGAACCUGAAUUGAUUGCUUCACUCGUGAGCAAGGCCGAAGGCGUUUUCUUAUGGCUAGUCCUUGCCGUCAGGAACAUCAACAGGGGCUUCGAGUACGGAGACAACAUGGCCACUAUCCGGGAAAGAAUCGGACAUUUACCAGGAGAUCUCAAGAAAAUCUA